CAAAGAGGCCCCACCCCCGCCAGGCCCCGGAGAGGGGAGCAACGGGGGCUGAGGCAGGAUGGUGCUCGCUGACCUCGGCUCGCGCGUCGCCGUCGCGCUGCGCAAGAUGGCGCAGGCGCCGCUCGUCGACAAGGACGUCCUCAACGAGAUGCUCACCGAGAUCUGCAAGGCGCUCCUGCAGGCAGACGUCAACGUGGCGCAGGUCAAGCACCUGCGCGAGUCCAUCAAGAAGAACGUCGACGUCGAGAGCCUCGCCUCCGGCAUGAACAAGCGCAAGAUGCUCGAGCAGGCCGUCUGCAACGAGCUGUGCUCCAUGCUCGACCCGGGCAAGGAGCCGUAUGCGCCAAAGAAGAAGCAGGCCAACGUGAUCAUGUUUGUGGGGCUGCAGGGCGCGGGCAAGACGACCACCUGCACCAAGUACGCCUACAUGCACAAGCGCAAGGGCUUCAAGUGCGCCCUGGUCUGCGCCGACACGUUCCGCGCGGGCGCCUUCGAUCAGCUCAAGCAGAACGCCACCAAGGCAAAGAUCCCGUUCUACGGCUCGUACACGGAGACGGACCCGGCCCAGAUCGCCGCCGAGGGCACCGCCAAGUUCCGCGAGGAGGGCUACGAGAUCAUCAUCGUGGACACGAGCGGGCGGCACAUGCAGGAGGCCGCGCUCUUCGAGGAGAUGCAGCAGGUGUCGGACGCCGUCGCGCCGGACGAGGUCAUAUUCGUCAUGGACUCGUCCAUCGGGCAGGCGGCACACGAGCAGGCGAGCGCCUUUAAGAAGAAGGUCGCGGUCGGCUCCGUCAUCAUCACCAAGCUGGACGGCCACGCCAAGGGUGGCGGGGCGCUUUCUGCGGUGGCGGCGACCGGCGCUCCAAUCACGCACAUCGGCACGGGCGAGCACGUCGAGGACUUCGAGGACUUCGAGGUCAAGUCGUUUGUGUCGCGCAUGCUCGGCAAGGGCAACAUCGCGGGUCUGGCGCCGGAGAUGAUGAAGCGGCUGACGCAGGGCAACUGGACGUUGCGCGACAUGCGGGAGCAGUUCCAGGCGGUGCUCAAGAUGGGCCCGCUCUCGAACAUCAUGAAUCAGUUCCCCGGGAUGGGCGGGCUGGACUUCCACGAGUCGGGAGCCCGGAUCAAGAAGCACCACCCGCUCGAGGUGGUCGAGCUGCUCGACCAGUUCAAGCUGAUGGCGACCACGAUGCAAAAGACCAUCAAGAAGAACAAAAAGAUGGGCAAGGCGGGGCAGGAUUUGCACAACAUGGACGCCGCCACCGUGGCACAGAUGAUGCACAAGAUGAACCCGCAGAUGCUCCAGCACCUCGGCGGCCAGGCGGGGCUCGAGCAGAUGAUGGCCGAGAUGGAGAAGGAGGAGAAGAAGCACGGCAAAGGGCCAAAGGGAAAGUAAGCGGGCGCUGCCGGCGCCGCGAGCCGUCCCUGUCGAGCCAGCGGGCCCGUUCGCACUCGACCGGUCGGGCACGGCUGCCAGUGCGCAGACUCGGGCCCGAAUGCUCCGAGCUUGAGUCGCCCCGCAGCGCCGGGAGGCGGCGCGGCGCGGGUCGUGAUACCAUGUACGCGCGCGCCCGCGAGGGAUGCUCGAGAGGCCCGACGCUUGCGCUCGAGCGCCCCAGGCAGGCCCCCGGCGCACCGCCUCGUAUGCGUCACGCCGCUGUGGCGGCGGUCUGCCGGUGCCCCGUGCGCGCCGUGCCCGCGGCCGCGCUGCGCGCAUGUAUCUUGUAUGUCCCGCAUGCGCAUUCUGUCGACGUGUGGUCCGAUCGCUGAUCGCGCGUCGGGCCCGUCGGCCGUUGCCUUUGUCUAUACCCUAUACGUUUUGGUCGACGGUUGAGACCUUGAGACUUC